UACACAGUUUAUAGAACUUGCGAUAAUAGACUUGAAGAGAAACAAAAUGAAUUGGUUCAAGCUGUCGGUUAUCAUCGCGGUGCUGCUGCCGGUGUACUAUUACCUCGACACGUACGUCCUGCCGACGCUGUUCAUCUUUGACACCGAGGUUCUCCAGCAGAUUGUCAAUGACUCGCUGGCAAUUGCGCCGAAAGACAACACCACGGCGCUGUUUGUCGAGAUCAACCGUCGUCUUCGCGAGGUGUAUGGCGACAAGGUGAACGAGUUCAACACCGACGACUGGAUGUUUAACAACGCGGGAAACGCCAUGGGCUCGAUGUUUAUUCAACACGCGUCGAUUUCCGAGUACUUGAUCUUUUUCGGGACAGCUAUCGGAACAGAGGGCCAUACCGGUCUUCACCCCAGCAACGACUACUUUUACAUUCUUGAGGGCGAGCAAUGGGCACAUAAGCUCGGAGACCCGAAGCCAGAGAUCUACCGGCCUGGUGAUAUGCACUGGCUUAAGCGCGGCCAGAUGAAGCAGUACUCGAUGCCAUCUACAACAUGGGCACUCGAGCUCGCGCAAGGCUGGAUCCCGGGAAUGCUUCCGUUCGGGUUCGCCGACACAUUCUUCUCGACGCUGGAUUUUAAGACGCUCGGACGUACCAUUUACUUUACGGCCAAGGCGAUGAUUGAGAAUAUGUUGCGCGGCAAGUUCUAGUUUACAGAAUCAGAUUCAAUAUGUAGCUAAGGAUGAAGUUAAGGAUGAAGUAAGGAUGAAGUAAGGAUGAAGUAAGGAUGAGGU